AUGAAAAACUACGCAGGGGAGAACGAUGACCCCGUCGUGGUUGUCGGGCUCUCUUUCCGCUUCCCUCAGGGCGCCGCCUCUGAUGAGGCCUUUUGGAAGAUCAUCCAUGAAGGCAUCUCGACAAUGACAGAAGUACCUAAAAGCCGAUAUGAUAUCAACGGCCACCAUUGCCCCGGUUCCACUCGCCAGGAUAUGGUGUCAGGCCGUGGUGGCCAUUACAUUGAUGGUGAUAUCUCUGCAUUUGACGCCCCGUUUUUCACUAUGAGUGGUACGGAAGCCAAGGCAAUGGAUCCCCAGCUUCGUCUUCUACUAGAAACUAGUUACCACGCUCUUGAGUCUGCUGGAAUGACUUUAGAAGCCGUAAAAGGAAGUUCCACGUCAGUCUUUGUUGGGAACUUGGUUUCCGAGUACUCGUCUUUCUAUGCCUAUGAUGAUGAGAUCGACGCACAAUACCAAGCAACGGGUACUUCAACAUCCAUGCUGUCAAAUCGGCUAAGCUGGUUCUAUGACUUCCGUGGUCCAAGCAUCACCCUUGACACUGCAUGCUCAAGCACUCUUACUGGUCUCCACCUGGCCUGCCAAAGUUUGUUACGCAAUGAGUCUCAAAUGGGACUUGUUUGCGGUGCCCAACUGCAACUUGAACCCAGGUCGAUGUCCGCCGCGUUGUCGAGACUCAAAUUUCUAUCCCCUGAUAGCCAUUGCUACAGCUUUGAUGAACGAGCAAACGGAUAUAGUAGAGGUGAGGGCGUGGGCGUUCUAGUUCUCAAACGUCUCUCUAAGGCUAUUGAGAACGGCGAUACUAUUCGUGCCGUAAUUCGCGGGACAUCUACUAACCAAGAUGGCCGCACACCUUCUAUCACACAGCCUAGCCUAGCGGCCCAAGCUUCUCUAAUUAGAAAAGCGUAUGAAUCGAUAGGCUCUGAUUUUGGUUCUACGAACUACAUUGAGGCCCACGGGACCGGCACGGCCAUAGGUGACUUGACUGAAGCUCAAGGGAUCAGUCAAGUAUUCUCGGGCUACUAUAGCACGGAAAAUCCUCUCUACCUCGGGUCCGUCAAGGCCAAUAUUGGGCAUCUCGAAGCAGCAGCAGGAGUAGCGGCAGUCAUCAAGGCCGUCUUGAUGCUUGAGAGAGGAAUCAUCCCUCCCAACGCCCUUUUAGACCGCCUAAAUCCAGCGAUAGACGAUUCAGAGUGGCACUUCAACUUCCCAAAGUCUGCCAUCCCUUGGCCAAAGCCCGGCCCGAGGCGAGUUUCCGUGAAUAGCUUCGGCUUUGGUGGGACGAACGCUCAUGUCGUAGUCGACGAUGCGCUUCAUUUCCUACAAGCCAAAGGGUUACACGGACUACAUAAUACCACUUCUGUAGCUGGUGAGAAUAACGUAUUCGGACAUAAGUUCGCCGACGAACAAGCUAUAGGAGAGGACUUGGGUGACGUAGAAAACCACACUCUCCUCUUCGGAGAGUUUCGACCGCAAUACCUACAGGAUCUUGCAUUUACAUUGGCUAAUAAGCGAAGCCUACUUCCUUGGAAGUCCUUCGUCCUGGGUAGUUCUAUCGAAGAACUGCGAGAAAAUCUUAUGAGUACAGUGCAGAAGCCGAUACGUGUUGUCGAGACACCCGAGUUGCAGUUCAUUUUCACAGGGCAGGGAGCUCAGUGGGCAUCGAUGGGCACAGAACUUCUCCAAUAUCCUGUAUUCGAGGAAUGUCUUCAGAAAGCUGACAGAUAUAUUCGCUCUGUCGGGUCUAGUUGGUCACUUUUAGAGGAAUUAUGCGCGCCCCUAUCUUCCUCCAAUAUCAAUAACCCAAGACUCGCCCAACCCCUAUGCACAGCACUACAAAUUGCAAUAGUGGAUUUGUUAAGAUCUUGGGGGGUCUUACCACAAGCCGUUUUAGGUCACUCUUCGGGAGAGAUUGCAGCCGCAUACUGUGUAGGCGCAAUCACAAGGGAAGCCGCUUGGAGAAUCGCAUAUUUCCGAGGCGAGGCCGCGGCAUCACUUCUAACAAACCCGCGAUCUACAAAAGGAGCUAUGCUUGCGGUUGCUUUAUCAGAAUCCGAACUAGCCCCUUAUAUUGCUGCUGUUCUUAAUGAGGGUGGUAAGGAUGCUGUUACAUGCGCGUGCAUCAAUAGUCCUAGAAACACGACGCUAUCAGGCGAGGAGAUAUACAUCGAUAAACUUGCACAUCGGUUACAGUCCGACGGCGUUUUCGCACGAAAGCUCGAAGUAGCAGUAGCAUAUCACUCGACACAAAUGAACGAUGUUUCUGAAACCUAUAGGGAUGCUCUUGAAGGUUAUUUAUCAUCUAUGCCGAAGAGUGCUAACUCCUCUCCUCCACUUUUCUACUCUUCUGUCACAGGGGCAAUGAUAGCCGAGGAAACCGUUCUACUUGGGGCAGAUUAUUGGGUUUCCAACUUAGUGUCACAGGUGAAGUUCUCUGAGGCUGUUGAACUUAUGAUAUUAUCCUCCAUCAAGCAUAAGACACAGGGGAGCCAGUCUGGGUCGGCACCUCUUUUCAUCGAAAUAGGACCCCAUUGCACCUUGAAGCGUGCUGUUCAGGAGACCAUCGGUGAGAAGGCUAACUACCUGUAUGAUUCUGUCCUUCAUCGAAAUAUUUCUGGCAUGAAGACGGCAAAAGAAGUGGUCGGUAGGCUAUUCAUGAAUAGAUAUCCUAUUGAUAUCCAAGCCGUAAACACCCACUACGGUCAAUCAUACCAGCCUAGAAUGGUCCUUGGCCUCCCUUCGUACCCAUUCAACCAUUCUAACUGUUACUGGCUCGAAAGCAGGUUAUUCAAGAACCUUCGCCUACGCACAAAGCCACGCCAUGAGCUACUUGGAAACCCUUCCACGGACUGGAAUCCACUGGAGCCCAAGUGGCGAUUCACAAUACGAGCAUCAGAUCUCCCGUGGGUUUUAGAUCACAAGAUCGAAGGAACGGUUCUGUACCCAGCAGCCGGAAUGCUAGUUAUGGUGCUCGAAGGUAUCCGAGCUCUGACAGCAAGUAUGUCUGGGGUUUCUGGAUAUCGCCUAAGGGAUGUGAAUAUAAUGAGUGCUCUUAUUGUACCCCAAACUGAUGAAGGAAUUGAGGCACAACUACAUAUGCACUCUCGUGACCAUCUUUCUUCUGGUAAAAGCCCAACGUCUUGGGAUUUCUGGAUAUACUCCGUUUUAGGUGACGAGUGGAAACUACACUGCCUGGGCCAAGUCUCGGUCGAGAUAUCAGCUGCCUCUGGGGUCGUCUUGGGGACAUCUGAUGACCUUAGCGCAUCUCAAGACAGUCGUUUCAGUGUGUUCGAUGAACACUGCAAAAUAGACAUCGGCUCCAGGCAAUUCUAUGAGUUUCUCUAUAAACAGGGGGCAGAUUUCGGUGAGAAAUUUCGACAGCUUGAAAACAUAUCUGUGAAUGAGAAAAAUAAGGAAGCGACAGCACGCAUCAAGUUCGAACAAUGGACUAGGCUCGUGGAACAAAACCAAUUGAGUGAACACAUUAUUCACCCUUCGACCCUCGACGGUUUACUACAUGUAAUCUUUGCUGCUGCCCACAAAGAAUGGGAAAUUCUGCCUCCCAUGAUGCCCACGCAGUUUUCUAACGUAUACGUUUCCCAUUCUCUGUUGGAAGGGACAUCUGAGAGCACGAUGCUACUUUAUGGGAAAGUUACUGAUCGCGGGCUUUCAUAUAUGGAUGGUGAUGUUACGGCCGUAGAUAGUGUUACAAGAGUUCCACUUGUUGCGCUUCAAGGCUGUAGACAUUCCAGCUUCCAUGCCACCAAACACCAGGGGGAUAACGAAACCGAACAAAAGACCCUCUUCCAUCACUUAGAAUGGAGACCGGAUAUUGACUUGCUUUCUCGAGAUGAGAUAGAAAGAUAUUGCCAAGAGCAGACACGCGAUAUAAGUGGCAGUGGGAUGGAUUGUGAGGCUGAAAUCAUCUGCUACUAUUUCCUAUCUACGGCGCUGGAAUCCAUUGCCCACGCGCCAAAUAUUACUACAAAGCCGCAUCUACAAAAAUAUAUACAACAGGUCAAAUCCAUGGGAGCUGGAAAGCUAUCUGCUACGGAUCUUAUGGAGAAGUGGCCAGAGUUCAACCAGGACGAGCUUCGGCCUGGUUUGAUAGACGAGUUCGCAGCUAGCUCGGCUGGCAAGGCCGGCAUCGUAUCUUUCGGCAGAAACCUGACGCAGAUUCUUACGGACGAGGUUGAUCCACUCGACUUCUUGUUCAACAGCGGUAUCAUCGCAGACUUCUACCAAAGCUUGUCGUUCAAGUUUACAGCGCAUAGACUAGCCGCUUAUAUGGAUCUCGUAGCACACAAGAAUUCCGAUAUUAACAUCAUCGAGAUCGGGGCAGGGACCGGCAGCACGACAGGUGUCGUCCUAGACACUUUAUCACGACAGGGGGGGUUCCUUGGAACCCUGCAUCGGUUUACGCGAUAUGACUUCACGGACAUUUCACCCAGCUUCCUAGCCAAGGCCCAGGAGAAGUAUUCGAGGUACCCAGACUAUAUGAGGUUUAAAACGCUAGAUAUCGAACGCGAUCCUGUGGAACAAGGUUUUGAACCUGGUUCUUACGACGUUGUGAUAGCCGCUUCUGUACUUCACGCUACAACGAGUAUUAAUGAUACGCUAGCCCAUGUAAAGAAGUUACUCAAACCUGGCGGGCAACUCGUCUUCUCGGAACCUACCAACCAUCAAAUGAUAGUUAUUCCUUAUUUCUCGGGUGUCCUUCCUGGGUGGUGGCUAUCUUCGGAAGAAUACAGAGCCUCUGGACCCCUUUUGACCAAAGAGGGUUGGAGCGAUGCCCUACAGCGCGCCGGAUUUGAUGGUUUACGCGUAUCGCUUUCUGAUGAUACCAAAGAGGAAAAUCAUAGCUUGAGUCUCAUGGUAUCUCAUUUGCCAUCUCUCACAGUACACAAUUCCAAUCAGUCGGUUAUCAUUGUGGCAGAAACAACAGAGCAGAUUGGUCUAGCCAAGACGAUCCAGACCUAUAUCUACUCUCGGCCCACAAGUCUAUGCGAUAUAGUUUCCGUCAAUUCGCUGUCUUCGGUUGCUUCGGUGUACGAUCUCUGUAUAUCCCUGCUAGAAUUAGGUGCCCCUAUAAUGGACCGAAUGACAGAAACCCAAUUCUCGGUGCUCCAACAAAUAUCAAAAGUUUCCCGCAAGAUACUCUGGGUUAAUGAAGCAUGUGGAGCGAACCCAGUGAAGCCGGAAGCAUCCAUGAUCUCCGGGUUCGGGAAGACCAUCAUGCGAGAAAUACCAAACCUUACUCUUAUACACCUCAACGUCCAGCCAGGAGAUCAUAAGACUAAGACUAUCUUGCGCGCUGUUGAGCGUACUUACGAUAUACCCCCAGAAGAUCAGGAAACAGACCUUUUGGAGCAAGGCGGCAUGAUAUACAUCCCCAGGGUCAUAGAAUCACCAUACAUAAAUGGGCUUCUACAUUCAGAACUUCAUGGGUUGAAACCAGAAGCAGUAACAGUCUCUAGCACACAAGCCGAGAACGAUAAUAUGCUAGAAUUACGCUUCGUCCCGGGGUUACUUGAUUCCUUCCACUUUGCUCCAGACGCGUCAGCAUCACAAGCUCUCCAAGAGGGCGAAGUUGAAGUUUCUGUUGAAGCGACAGGUAUCAAUUUCAAAGACGUCAUGGUAGCCUUGAACCAGGUUGCAGACGAUCAUAUCGGUCAGGAGUUCGCCGGCGUGGUCACCAAAAUCGGCCCAGGGUCAAAUGGAGUUUUCCGUGAAGGUGACAGAGUAUGCGGGAUUGUAGAUGGCAGUUUUCGCACACGUGUCCGCGCAAAACAAUCCCAUCUUAUGAGAGUGCCUGAUACUAUCCCUUCUACCGAGGCGUGCGCCAUACCAGUUGCGUUCGCUACUGCUCAAUACGGGUUGUGCCAUUUAGCCCAACUAAAGGAGGGGGAGAGUAUACUGAUCCACGCUGCAGCCGGAGCUGUUGGCCAGGCUGCUAUCCAGAUAGCUCAAAGAGCUCGUGCAAUAAAAAAGCUGCUAAUCGACCGGUACGGCAUUGAUGCUAGUCAUUUCUUUUCAAGUCGGUCUACUUUAUUCGCGCAGCAGAUUAUGCAGAUGACAUCGGGUAGGGGGAUUGACGUCGUUCUCAACUCCCUAUCUGGCCAGGCUUUGAUAGAAACAUGGAGGUGCCUCGCACCCUUUGGGAGAUUCAUUGAAAUGGGAAAGCGUGAUAUUGAAACCUUCAAGAACCUCCCUAUGGAGCCUUUUAGGCGAAACGUUUCAUUUUGCUCGCUUGAUCUUGCGGUCAUGGAAGAAGUUGAAGAGCUUGUCUUGAAUACGGCAUCGCGGCAGUACGCAGCCCCGUAUCCCUUGACGAUAUUCAAGCGUUCGGGCUUCGAAGAAGCAUUCAGGUUCCUUCAAACCGGACAGCACGUCGGAAAGGCAGUAGUCAACUGGCAACAGGAAGAUAUAUUACAGGUCGUUCCAAAAAGCCCACUCGACUACGAGUUCGAUGGUACCGCUACUUAUGUCAUCGCAGGUGGUUUAGGAGGAAUUGGGAGAAACGUCGCGGCAUGGAUGUCUCAGUGCGGAGCAAGACAUCUUAUUCUGCUCUCGCGGUCGGGCGUCAGAACACCCGCAGCUAAGAAACUGGUAUCGAAAUUAGAGAACGACGGCGUUUGUGUUUAUGCACCCCAAUGCGAUAUUUCAGACCCUGGCGCAGUACAGUCGGUAGUUCGUCACGCCCACGCAAAUAUGCCUCCUAUUAGGGGCUGUAUCCAAGGAUCCAUGGUUGUCGAGAAUCGGGUAUUCCGGGAGUAUACACUACAAGAAUUCCAGUCCUCUAUAGACCCUAAAGUUAAAGGGACCUGGAAUCUUCACCAGCAUCUUCCGUCUGGGCUAGACUUCUUCGUGCUACUCUCGUCACUCGCCGGCGUCCACGGGGCAACUUCUCAAAGCAGCUAUGCGGCAGCAAGCUCAUUCCUUGACGCCUUCGCGAGAUUCCGCCAUUCGCAAGGAGAGCAUUGCGUAUCCCUAGAUCUCGGAAUUGUUGCGAACAUUGGCUAUAUCGCAGAACGCAUCGAUAUAGCGCAGGCACUGGCGUUGACAUACAUAGAUUAUAAGUUACUAAACGAAAAGGAGCUUCACUUCAUGCUGAAGUAUGCAUGUAACCCCAGCUUGAGCAUAAGCAACCCUUGGGAGACUCAAGUUAUUGGCGCGAUGUCCACGCCAGCGUUCGUAAGACGCGGCGGUGUCAUCGAAGAGCACGGAUGGAUGCGAAUGCCAAUGUUUCAGCACCUCUACAGAAUGGAACAAGACGUGAAGUCGUCGGCGGCUGUUAUUCAGGCCAGUCCAGUCAGCUCUCAACUGCGAGCCGCCAAAUCACUCGAGGAAGCAUCAGUUGUGGUUACAGAAUUGCUCUCAAAGCGUCUGGCACGGUCACUGGCGGUGCCCGUGGAAGAUAUCGAUGUUAACAGACCGCCACACGCUUUCGGUGUUGAUUCUUUGGUAGCAGUCGAACUCCUACAUUGGUUCGCGACCGAACUCCGCUCAGAUAUCCCCGUCGUACAGAUUCUUGGAAAUCUGACCAUCGCACAAUUGGGGCGAUUAGCAGCAGAGAAAAGCGAGCACGUUGUAAAUCACGAUAGCUUAACUUAGGCCGUUAUCAAGUUUCAAAUCUGAGAAG